AUGAGAACCUCCCGACUGUACUCGAGACUCACCACGGCGAGCAUAGUAUUGGCCGUGAUUCUGCUGCUGCAGCUCGGCGCAUUCUACAGCAGAACGGCCGCGGCGGCCCCCAAGGUGUCUGCUGAGCCUCUGGACGAGAUUACCCCCAAACGGGGCUUGACUCCGGCUGAUCUGGAGGCGAUCAAGACGUUUGAGGCAGCGCGUUUCAGCAAGGACCAGCAGAGACUCGCGGACGACCAGCAGUUGGACGUCUUACGCGUGUACGCUGCCCAGGAAAAAGAGCUCGAGGACCGGUAUCUGGCCUCCUUGCGAGUGUACGAGGAGCUGGCGGAGCGCAAGCCGAACAUCAUCAAAAUCUACUACACGAGAAAGGACAUGCGCCACGGCUCGGCCACGGUGUUCCGCAAGCUGAUGGAGGCGUUUUUGGACGUGGUUGACCGGAACAGCGUGGUGCUGGAGGACCAGGAUUUGGAACUCGAGUGCAGCACGGAAAUUGCAGACUUUUCUUCACUGGACGUGAAAUAUCCGGAGGAGUCGAUCAAGAAGCUCUCCCGUGCCCACAAACAGGUGGCGGACGCCAUCCCGGGCGGUAACCCGUUCCCAGACCUGUACAACCACAACGGCUACGUGAUGCUGGGCGGAGGCUACCGCACAUGGACGGCUCUGCUAGGAAUCAAGGCCCUUAGACGCACGGGCAGCACGCUGCCGGUGGAGGUGUUUUUGCGCAGAAAAAGCGACUACAACCAGGCCAUGUGCGAGAACGUGUUUCCGUCGCUGAAUGCUCAGUGUGUGGUGCUUUCCGAUAGAUACGGCGACAGAAUAUCCCCGAGACUGGAAUCCCUGGAGGACAAGGCUCUGGUGCCGUUUCUGCUGCUGGCGUCCUCCUACGAAAAGGUGUUCUGGAUGGACUCGAACGUGUUUGCUGCGGUGUCGCCGGAUGACAUGUUUGAGAGCUGGCUGGGGACUCAGUACGGGUUUUUCAGCUGGAGAGGCAAGUACGCCACCACGCUGAACCCUGCAUACUACGAGGUGGUCCGUCUGAACCCACGGACGCCAGAGUACACGAUGGACGAGAGUGCGUUUUUGCUCGACAAACAGCAAAACUUCGAAAACCUGAUGCUGGCCGCAUACUACGAGCUGGAGGGAAAAAACAGUUUCCACAAGCUGUUCGGACAGGCAAAGUGCGGUGCAGGAAAACACGACUCGCUGAGCUACGCGACGCUUUUCUGCGACAGGCGCGAGUUCAGAUCGCAGCUUCUGGACGACAUGGGCGGGCUGCGGUUGCAACGCGACCCGAUCGGAGAGUUUGAGAACAUGUUUGAGGAGUAUAGGCCGGUCCGUCCGAUGUUGUACGAGGUCGACCCUGCUAGACUCAACCCGGAGGUGCUGACGACGCCCGGCCGGAUUUUUGGUAGCCACGAUCUCACCUACGACGUGGACAUGCUUGUGCUGGAGACGAUGGAUUUGUAUGUCUGCCACGCAAACGACCACAUGUUCAAGAACGUGGGCACGUUCUGCAACGACUACGUGGAACAGCAGCGGAGAUAUCUGGUCGAUCACGAGAUAGCAAUUGUCAACUCCAGCCCGCGCGGCUUGGUGGGCCGUCCCGACGAUACCUCGGACGAGGUGAAGGACAGAGCGAACGCGGAGGUGAUUUCAAAGCUGGUCGGCGUGGAUAGACUGCCGGAGUGGGAGUGA